AAUAAGGCAGAAACCUACCCACCGAAGCAGAUCCACCUUCAGGUAUUCACGAGCCACAGGCAAAGACGGAAAGUUGGCGUUCUUCUGAAAGAGGAAAUAUAGGUUGUAGCAAUGACAAACAUUCGCUCCUUGGCUGGCCUCCUUGUCGUCCUCAGCUUUGUCCAAUGUAGCUGGCAGGUUCCUCUUCAAGACAUCUCAAGUUCAGAGACAGACGAUGCUUUAAUGAGGAGACAUUCGGAGGGAACUUUUUCCAACGACUACAGCAAAUAUCUUGAAGACCGGAAAGCUCAGGACUUUGUUCAGUGGCUCAUGAACAACAAGCGGAGCGGCAUGGAAAAGCGUCACGCCGAGGGCACAUACACCAGCGACGUCAGCUCGUACCUUCAGGACCAGGCCGUGAAAGAUUUUGUCGCCGGGCUCAUGUCUGGCCAAACCAGAAGCGAAUGGAACGUCAAGAUGCAGGAUUGGGCGUCAAACCGGAGGAGGCACGUGGACGGAAGCUUCACCAGCGACGUGAACAAAGUGCUGGAUUCCAUGGCGGCCAAGGAGUACUUACUCUGGGUCAUGAACUCCAAGCCUUCAGAGGAGAGUAAGAGAGGACAAGCUGACCACUGAGAACGACACAAGAAAACAAAUAUGAGGAACAGGAAGCCAUACAAAAAAAAAAGCAGAUUCUUCCAUUGUUUUGAAAGCACCGCCAUAAUUAUUUUUUUUCUAC